GUAAAAAGAAAACGUGUGACAGGUCAUCUAGCGCUGUGGAGCGACGAACCAAAGAGCAAUGUCUCGGCGACAGACCCGCGAGAAGCAGCAAGGGAAACAGUUAUCCCUCCGUCAGCAGGUGGCGCUGUUUCAGUCCACCACCCCUACCAAUGAAAGAAGAGAUGGAGGACAUGGUGCAGGUGGGACGCAGAAAGAGAGGAUGGAGACAAACGGCUCUGUCUCUUCAUCUCGUCCUGUCCAAAGAGAAAUCAAAGAUGGUAAAGCCAGAUCUCCCUCAGGCUUUAGCAGUGCUCCUCAGAGUAAAGCAUACACUCCAACUGGGUUUGUUCCACCUUUAGACAGCUGCCACGACCAUGAGCUCCGCCCCUUUCUCCUCCCCUCCCACUGUGACUCCCUCUUCACUUCUUUACGUGGCUUAAAAGAGGAGGAGCUACUGCUGGACUGCAGCUUACAACUUCCUAGUUGUUCAAUCAAGGCUCACCGAUUGGUGCUUGCCGCUGUCAGUCGGAAGGCAGAGGCGUGGCUGCCUUUGGGACAGAUGGCGGUAACACAGGUGAAUUUAUGUGGUGUUGAAGAAUCAGAAUGUUCUGUAUCUCCAGUAGGACUAAAGGCUGUGCUGAACUUUGCUUACUAUGGAGAAAUGGACGUGACCUGCGCUGAAAGUUUAGAUGUGGAGGAGAUACUCAUGGCUUGCAGGUGUUUAGAGGUGGAGCGGCUGGCGGAGGUGUGCAGGGGUGAAACUCCACCCAGCGGGAGUGCAGAAAGAGGGAGGAGCCUCCAGGUGAUCAGUAAGCUGUGGAAGAGGCAUGUGGGCUAUGAUGUCAUCAUAGAGGCGGAGAGUGGAGAGCACUUCCCUGCCCAUCGCGUUAUCCUCGCUGCUGGAGGGGACUACUUCCGGGCCCUCUUCUGCGGAGGGUUACGUGAGUCUGAAGAGGAGGUGGUACGUCUGCGAGGCGUUGAAGCCAGCGUGCUGCGAUCACUGCUCGAAUUCAUCUACUCCGGAGAGCUGAAGCUGGGCUGGAAAAAUGUGUGGGACCUGGCGGAAUCAGCCAUGCAGUUUCAGCUGCAGGGGGCGCUCACGCUCUGCCUAAACUUCCUACAGGAUUACAUGGAUGACGGCUCAUGUUUGGACGCGCUGUCUCUCGCCGAGACUUACGGUCUGGAGCAGCUGGGUAGGGCAGCAGAGGACUAUGCUUUGGCCCACUUUCAGAGGGUCUCAGAGGGGGAGAAGUUCAAGGACCUGUCCUGCUCCCUGCUGGAACGUCUGCUGGAGAGAGAUGCACUGAGUGCAGACAGUGAGGUGGCAGUGUUCAGAGCAGCUGUGACAUGGGUAGAGGAGGAUAAAGCGCAGAGGUUGGGGAGUCUUCCAGGGCUUCUCCAGAGGAUCCGCUUUCCCCUGAUGACCCCUGCAGAGCUGAUGGAGGUACAGAACUGCAGACUGCUGAGUAGGAGCUCAGAAGGAAGAGCAGCCUUGGAGACAGUGAGGAAACGUCUAGAGGGAAAUCAAAGAGCUGUAGGAUGUAAACCUCGAACCCCAAAUCAGGUGUUGGUGCUGGUUGGGGGAGACAGCGUGAAUGAGAACUUCGAGCGGCGAGAGCCAAACCGCUGCCUGUGGUUCGCCCGCCGCUUCCUGCGUGGAGAGGGCCUCAUUCGGACUGUGGAGUGGGAGCCACUGGCUCAGCUCCCGGGGCCCUCGCGACUCCGCCACUGCGUGUGCGUGCUCAGUAAUAUACUGUACAUACUGGGGGGCCGCAAGUACUAUGGAAAACUGGACAUACUGAAGUCUGCAGUGAGAUACGACCCUGCCCAGGGAAAAUGGGAGUGUUUGCCAGAUAUGGCCAGUCCCAGAGACUACUUUGCUGCUGUGUGUAAAGGGGGCAAGGUGUUUGUCCUGGGUGGUAACUACGAUGACAUGAAUUGCCUGGAUUCUGUGGAGUACUACACACCUGAAGAUAACACCUGGAGCUUGGCUCACUCUUUAGACACACCCGUCUGUGGCCAUGCAGCUGCGGUGCUGGACGGGGAGAUCUACGUUUCCGGUGGUUGUGACUCUCGUCUGCGCUGCCUUCCUUCUUUAUGGCACUACGACCCCGUCUACGGCUGCUCUAGCCGCGCUCCCAUGGCAAGCGGAGCAGGGCGUGCAGGUCAUGUGAUGCUGGCUGUGGGAAACCAACUGGUCGUGGCUGGGGGGCUGCAGCCCAUGUGGGUGGGGUAUAGCGACCAGUUACAAUGCGAGGCUUACGAUCUGCUCAGGAAUUCCUGGACACCUCUGCCCCUCCUGCCUCGGCCUCACCUCUCCCCUGCCGCCACUUAUCUCGAUGGACAGCUGUACAUCCUGGGCGGGUCUUCGGCUGACUCUGCGCGAGACAUGCCAUGGGUUCAUCGCUACGAUCCUCGGCAAAACUGCUGGGACAAACUCGGAACGAUGCCCCGACCUUAUGCUGACCUUGCGGCAUGUGCGCUUCAGUUACCCAUAAGUCUUCAGGGUGAAAGCCAUUAAUUAGGGGAGGGCGAUGUGGCAGAAAUGUCUCGUGAUACUUUAAGACAUUUUCGCAAUACACAAUCUUUAGUAGCGUUCAAAAUAACAGACAAAACAUAACCAGUAAUGUUACCUUUUAAAAAAUAUAAAUAUAAAAACUUUGAUUUUAAUUCCGUGUUUCACUAAUUGCACUGUCCAGUCCAAUUAAACAGGGCUAAUUGUGCUCUGUGUAAUAAAAAAAAGAUGCUCAGUGUACUUUCAGUACUGACGAUAUUCAUGAUACUCUCAGAAAAGCAUAUUGUGAUGCAAUUUAGCAGAAUAACCAUGAAAUAUUGUCUUAUUGCCCACCAAUGAUCAGACCGAAUCAGCUUCAGUGCAUGAAAUCAAGCGCCAGCCUACCAGCGCCUCAUUUACAUGAAGUUAUUUAUGCAGACAAUGCCUUUGCUCAUAGGUGGAGUUUAAUGUCAAGCGACGAGUGCACUGCUCCCCCUACUGGCCAAACUUCACAGUGUUUAAGUCACAACUAGUGGAAAGAAUAGAACCAAACAAAGAAACAAGCCGUCUGGGUUCUUUUAAGGCGGUGGAAUGAUGUGAUGAGUGUUAUACGCUGUGUUAUUGCAGUAUGUAUGCUGCUUCUGCUCUGGCUGUGCUGUUAUUGCUUAUUUUGUGGGCGGAGUCAGUAGUAAACAACUAAAGCUCGGUGUCUUUAUAGCUUCUGUUUACGCCAGUGCGCGUGUAAAACAGGUGCAUCCGCUUCGUAUUGGCACAGUAUUGUUGUGAGUUUGAUCGUACAGAUUCGCCGAAGGUGAAAUCAAUGAAAAACGGCACCCACAGUUUUGUUAAUGUUCUUGUUCAUACGCAACUCUCUGCACCGCUCCACACCAACAUUUCAUAACAUCUUAUUUCUCCCUCAUUGCUCAGUGAAACUGGGAGUGUAGAUCCUAAACUUUUAAUAAUACCACGUUCAUGUUUACGUGACCAGAGGUGGAGUUAAAGUCGAGACCCCCAAGGUAAAAUAUU